AUUUACAACUUGGAGGGAAUAAACCCUGUAUGUUGUUUAUGCAAUCUGGAAAUAAACUUCGCUAUGUCGGGGUUUGUAAACACCAUGGCUGCUAGGCACUCAGGUUGUUUAGCACAGCUAUUUGUGCAGAGAUGGCUUCCAUCCUCUUUGGGCAACUCCUCAUACCUUCAUACUGGCUCUGUGGUGGAGGCUGCCAGGAAAGGAACUCGAGCAAAAGCUGAGGCCAAAAAGAAAGCAAUAAAGAAGGUGCAAGUUAAGAGAGAAUUUAUUCCUCUGAAGAAGAGGCUAGAGUUGCUACAAACUGGUGGUGUAUCUCCAAGGCGUAAUGAGGACCAUUUAAAGGAGCCUAUUGAUAAUGUGUGGUUCACUAAGUACUACAAGAGGCGGAUCUACAGUGUGAAGGAUGUGAUAGCAAUGCACAGAGAGACACAUCAUGAUUCACAAUUUGGCCUCCCAGAUGCACUGGUAAAGGCUUAUGUUGAACUUGAUAUGUCUGCAGAUAAGAAGAAUCGUUUUGUCGAUAAUUUUUCUAAUGUAGCCGGACUACCACAUAACUUCAACACAGAGCAGAAUCGGACAAUACUGGCCAUAUCUCGAGAUGAGGACGUACUUGAGCAAGCUCGUGAGAUGGGGGUGACACAUGCUGCUGGCAUAGAAAUUAUUAAGCAAGUGCAGAAUGGUGAAGUAAACCUUCCAGAAUAUCAGCAUUUUAUUGCAGAAACAGAACUUUUGUCAGACUUGGUAGCCAUUCGUGGGCUAAUGAAGAGACGAUUCCCCUCAGUUAAAAAUGGAACUGCUGGCUCCAACAUUUUACCCAUCAUUGAACGCUUCAUAAAAGGCGUUGAUUAUAGAACUGUUAUAAACAAGCAUCAUCUUGACUUUGCUACAAUAGAAGCCCCUUUUGGCAGGUUGAAUAUGUUAGAUGAUCAGCUUGAAGAGAAUCUAGCAUCACUGCUCAAUGACAUAGAAAAUCAGAGUCCUCAGAAAAAAUCAAAUAAACUUGUUACUUUGGUGUAUAUAUGUUGUCUUCCCAGCACUGAACAGUUCAAGAUUGACCACACAGCAUACAUCAUAGAGAAGACUCGAAAUGUGAAAGCUAGAGCAGUUGCAUAAGGAUUGGAAUUGAAUCCAAGUUUGGUGUAAUACCAAAACAUUAUCACAAAAAAGGAAGAUAAGCCUGUGAGAGAUACAGUUAUGUUCUUUCAGCAACAGGCGUAAAUAAGGAGGUUAAUCCAUUUUUCUCUUCCAGCAUUCUUGUGUAGACAGUGUACUUGUAAAUAAGAAAUGGAUAUAAAAUUGUUUUUUUUCACCAAUCAUUUCUGUAGUGGUGAGUGUGGAAGUUAAAUGUUACAUCCAUUGAUCCAUGUUCUUCUUAGCUUUAUAUAUACUUGCCAGGGUUAUUAAACCCUAUACAAAAUCGUGUAACCAGACAACAAAUCUUAGCAAGAAUUAGUCUUGCAACCAGUUGUAAAUGCUACACAAAGUAAUAGUGAUAUCCCCGUUUGCCAGAAUAAUUUAUUUAGAGCUCAUCCGAGGAUAGGUGAUUUCCGGGUAACAAGACAACGCUUGAAUAAAGGCGGAAGUUAAGGUG